AUGUCCAUUCUAGCAGGGCCUAAAUAUAAACAACGCAUUUCUGUCGAUCCCCGGAAUUUAACGUGGAAAAAUGAAGAAGACAGUGUUUCCAAGAAACUUAUGCGGAAGAUGGGGUGGAAUUCCGGUGAUGGUCUAGGUAAGAACCGACAAGGAAGUUCCGAGCAUCUCAAACCGAAAGCAAACUAUUCUGGAAAAGGCUUGGGCGCUGACAAAGUAGCUUCGUAUGAUAGUACGUGGAUUGGACAUCACGAUGAUUUUGCUGAUUUACUCAGUGCUCUUAAUAAGAAUAAAGAAAGCAUUUCCAAGAACACGGAAGCCUCUGAGGAUAAGGAUCUGGAAAAGAUGUCUAUGGAACUGAAAAGCAAAAGCAUCAGAAGACGUAUCCAUUAUCAGAAGUUCACCAGAGCCAAGGAUAGUUCUAACUACUCUGCGAACGAUAAAUCUGCCAUUCUGGGAUUAGGACUGAAAAGAACUAAAGAAGAUGAAGUAGUUGUCAAAAGAGAAAUAGAGGAAGAAUUCACCACUGACACACAACAUACUGUUAGUACGAUAUCAAUGACUGAUUACUUCGCUACCAAGAUGGCCGCUUUAAAAAAGAAAAGCAAGAAAGUUAAAGAUGAACCUGUUGAUGAUUAUUCAGAAUACGAAGCCGAGAGGAGCCAAAGCACGAUGGUUAAGGAAGAACCUGAAGACGAGGGUUCAGAAUACGAUGCCGAGAAGAGCCAAAGCACGAUGGUUAAGGAAGAACCUGAAGACGAGGAGUCAGACUCGGAAAGCAAAAAAAAGAAGAAGAGCAAAAAAAGAGAGAGGGAAAGAGAAAGGAGAACUAGAGAAGAAUCUGUGGAAGAGGCAGAGUUAGACUCUGAAAGCAAAAAGAGCAAACGAAGAAAGGCUAGAGAAGAACCUGUGGAAGAGGCAGAGUCAGACUCGGAAAGCAAAAAAAAGACGAAGAGCAAAAAAAAAAAGAAGAGCAAAGAGGAACCUGAGGACGAGUCCGAAAGCAAGAAGAGCAAACGGAGAAAGGCUAGAGAAGCACCUGUGGAAGAGGGUAUAAGUCUGAUAACCAGACUUCUCACGCAUUUGAUUUAG